UAACACCGGUUUCAGAGUUCAGACACAAGCUGCAGUGCUGCGGGGCAGUGACUAGAUCCAUUGUAACGUGUCCCUACUUGCCUGGAACCAAUUGCUUUAAGCCACGUUUCAUAUUAUAUCCUUUCAUUUUGAUUCUACACAGAAACCCUUAAUUUAGUAAUUUAAUUAGCCAAUAAUAUAGAAGCUUUAGGUCAAAGUUUACUACUUUCUUUGGGAUUUCAUCUACUUUUCUUGAUUUUUUUCCCCUGCCCCCAGUUAAAACUUAAAACCCUAUUUGGUAUUGAGAAGAUUGAAGCUUGACCCUUUUCUUGCAUUGGAACCAUACACUUUUAUUUGAUCUACAUUUGAACCGUCUGGUUCCUUGUGUGAAAUGAAUCUUCAGAAAUGUGUCAGAAUGAUCUCAUCGUACUUUAAUAGCUGUUUAUUUAAGUUUUCUUUCUUGCUCUUUUGAGUCUGAAGAAGCAAUAGAUCAGAGCAGGAGGGUUUGUGAAUUGGGUAGGCGUUUGCCUCACAUUUCAAUUCCUGAUGUGGACUUCCGAAAAUCUCAGAGCAGCUGUUCAGCGAAAGGCUGAUUUGUAAAGCGAGUUGUUGCAUUCAACUUUGGAGAUCUUUUUCUUUCUUUUUUUUUUUUAAUCUUUUUCAGAAAUCUCACUUGAUUGUUUGCAGGGCAAACAGUCAAGGAAAGAUUUGAUUUUGUGAACUGGGUGGUUGUGAGUUAUGGUAGAGGAUGAAGAGAAUAUGAAGGCCUCUUGUUGUGAGGAGGCUUUGGAGGAAAAUGAGCCCAGAAGAGGAGGGUUCUGUGACUUUUUGUGUACUCCAAUUUAUUGGUUCAAAAUGCUUGCGAAGGAGACGCAUUGGAGUUUUGUGUUUGGUGUGUUGGCUGUAUAUGGAAUAAGCCAAGGGCUGGGUGGAGCUUUUAGUCGCGUUGGCACUGAGUAUUACAUGAAAGAUGUUCAAAAGGUGCAGCCUUCUGAGUCACAAAUUUAUCAAGGAAUUAUUUCAAUUCCUUGGCUGGUCAAGCCUCUAUGGGGCAUACUUACAGAUGUUCUUCCUGUCUUGGGGUACCGCAGGCGGCCAUAUUUCAUUUUAGCUGGAUUGCUCGGCGUGGUCUCCAUGCUCUUGUUGUCAUUGCAUGAGAAUCUGCAUCUUGUAUUUGCUUUGCUGUCAUUGACAGCUGGAAGUGCUGGUGUAGCUAUAGCAGAUGUGACCAUAGAUGCCUGUGUGGCACAGAAUAGUAAUAUUCAUCCUCUUCUUGCUCCUGACAUGCAAAGCUUAUGUGCUUUGAGUUCAUCAAUUGGAGGACUUGUGGGGUUUUCGAUCAGUGGUAUUUUUGUCCAUUUGAUUGGCCCUAAGGGCGUCUUUGGUUUGCUGACAAUCCCUGCUGGAUUAGUACUUUCAGUUGGACUUUUGCUUGAUGAGCCCCUCAUGGCAAAUUUUAGUUAUAGAGAGGUAAACCAAAAAUUUGUUGACGCUGGUAAGGCUAUGUGGACGACAUUGAAAUUCCCAGAUGUGUGGCGACCAUGUUUGUAUAUGUACUUAUCCUUUGCAUUGAGUGUGAAUAUCCACGAAGGGAUGUUCUAUUGGUACACAGAUUCAAAAGGGGGACCAUCUUUCUCCCAGGAGACUAUUGGUUUCAUAUUUUCAGUUGGUUCAGUUGGAUCACUCUUAGGAGCAAUACUAUACCAAAACGUUCUGAAGGAUUAUCCUUUCAAGGACCUGCUUUUCUGGAGUCAAUUGCUAUUUGGGUUGUCAGGCAUCCUAGAUUUGAUAAUGGUGCUGCGACUGAACUUGAAAUUUGGCAUACCAGAUUACGUCUUCAUUGUGAUAGAUGAAAGUGUCUCUCGGAUGAUUGGAAAUCUCAAGUGGAUGCCUCUGCUUGUGCUCAGUUCCAAGCUCUGUCCCCGAGGUAUUGAAGGCACUUUCUUUGCUCUCCUAAUGUCGAUUGACAAUGUGGGACUUCUGUCAUCUUCAUGGGGAGGAGGCCUUCUACUCCAUUUAUUGGAUGUAACACGUACAAAAUUUGAUAACCUGUGGCUGGCCAUUAUACUGAGGAGCAUUUUAAGAGUUAGUCCACUGUGUCUGAUAUUUUUGGUUCCCAGAGGUGAUCCCAAUGCUUCUGUUCUUCCAAGUGAAAUCUUAGGUACAGAAGAGAGAACUGAAUCAGCAGAAGAUGAGAAAAAUAUUGAAUUGGUGUCCCUCGUAAACAGUGUUGAUGGUAAAUAGCUUUAACAACAUUGUUGACUGUGAAAUUUGAAUCAAUUGCUUUGAUUGGUAAAUCGAUUUAACAAGAACAUUGACAGUCUAUGGAGGUCAAAGCCAAAGUCUUUCUGAGACAAUAUUGACAGUAGCUAAUCCAAAGAGAGAAGAAACAUCCACUUGAGAUUUCUAUAGAUCAUUCGCUUGAAGCACUGGAAUAUAAAAAGAAAGCAAAAAUAUUCUGGUACUCUUUCAGUGCAGAUUACUAUUUCAGUUCUACGUGGACCAUUCAGAAUUUUUUUUUCCCCUUCUUUUUUGAGGAAAGGAGCAUUUAGAAUUUUCACAGGAUACAGUUAGUUUUUUUUUCUUCUUUUUUUUCAAUAUACUAUGGCAGAAACUCAAAUUCGAGAUUGCUGAGCCAUUAUACUAUUGUUCCUGAAUCAUAUUUUUUUGUGUACUUGAAUAUUAUUAAUUUUGAGAAUUCAGUCAUUUUUGAGAAUU